GGUGGUUUCGCCCGGAGACCAGCAGCAGCUCUACAUUACAAGAUUACUCGAGUCCGUACAUAUCUCUCCUCCACCUAAUAAUUACGAAACUACGAAUAGCCACAGGCAACGACACAACACCCGUGUGAUCAAUCAUGUCUUCUCCCUUCAAAAUCCUCAUCUUCAGCCGGACGGUACUGUACCGGCACGAGUCGAUCCCGGCUGGUAUUCGAGGCCUCCAUCGCCUUGCAGCAGCCUCAAGCGCUGGAGAGCAUCCGUUCACGGCAGACGACACGGAGGAUCCGUCCGUAUUCACCCUAGCCUCCCUCGCAGUCUACCGCGUAAUCGUCCUGCUACAGUGCUCCGGCGACGUCCUCGACGACACCCAACUCGAUGCCUUGAAGGGCUUUGUCCGCUCGGGUGGGGGCGUCGUGGCCGUCCACUGCGCCAGCUACGCCAUGAUCUCGUCCGAGUGGUACGCCAGCCUCAUCGGUGGCGUUUUUGAGAGCCACCCCGAACCACAGCUCGGUCGGGUCAAGGUCCAGAACCGGGAGCACCCCAUAAUGACGUGCAGGUGCCCCAAAAACGACAGAGCCAACCAGCCUACGCAGAAUUUGCAGGAGGGGCAAACGGAACUCACCUGGAUGGACGAGUGGUACAACUUCAAGGCGCACCCGCGGACGGCUUACGAGGGUCUGGAUAUGCUCUUGACCGUGGAUGAGAAGUCGUACAAGGGCGGAGUGCAUGGGGAUGACCACCCCAUCGCGUGGUGUCAGACCUUCGACGGCGGACGCAGCUACUACACGUCGCUUGGCCACUUUGACGAGGCAUAUGAGGAUGACUGGUUUAUGGGCCAGCUGCUUGGGGGGAUACUCUGGACCGCGGGUCUGGCUGGGAAUUAGGGGAUAUGAAGAAGGGUUUCCCAAGCGGUAAUGUCUGAGAAUAGACGGCUGUGAUAAUAACUAAAGUAGUUUGAAAUGAAUCAAGCGGGUGGCAGCUCUGGCGU